GCCUCAUUGGCGAUGGAUAUGACGCAGCAGCCGGCGGCAGGCAGGCGAAGGCCACACAGAAAAUCGAGAACGGGAUGCUUUGAGUGUCGGAGGCGACGAAUCAAGUGUGGUGAAGAGAGACCCGCUUGCGCGGCAUGUGUUCGACACGACCAUCCAUGCGUCUACCCGUCUGCACAGCAAGCCACCCACUGUCCCACACCGGCAACCGACCACCCUACUGUCCGAUCUUUGGAUAGUGAGGCAUCAUUGACAUCCUCUCUUUCGAUACCCCGCCUUGCCGAGAGGGAUCAGACACCCUUUCCAUCGUCACCGACCUUUGUCCUUGAUGAUCUGGCCUUGUUACACCAUUACACCCUGUCGACAAGCCUCGACAUUGUCAAGUCUUCUGGUGGAGACGAGUGUUGGCAAAAGAUAUUCCCCCAAAUUGGAUUCAGGCAUGCCUUUGUUAUGCACGGCAUCCUUGGUCUCGCAGCCUUGCAUCUCGCAUACAGGCAAUGUGCCGAGCGAGAACGGCUUCUCUUGAUCGCCGCCCACCAUCACAACAUGGCGUUGCAAGGGUUUCAGGAGAACAUAAAUCACAUGACCGACGACAACAGCGAUGCUCUAUUCGUAUGCGCAUCGAUGAAUAUUCUCCACGUCUUUGGCAUGUUUGGACCGCUGUACGACGGCCCUGCCGCCGGCCGCAAGUCCCGGAUCCUCGGAGCCGAGUGGAUCCCCAUGAUCCGCGGUGUCGGGGCCGUACUGAAGCCGGUAUACGAGCGAGUACGGUUUGGACCCUUGAGACCACUGCUUGAUCUCGGUAAUUGGGAUGAAUUGGAUCCAAACGCCCAACAAGCCGCACAAGACGGCCACUUUCGCAGUAUUCAACAGGCCACUGGGCAACGAAUAUCGACAACAAUGACGGACAAGAAACGAGACACAAUCCGAUAUGAGCUCGCUGGCGAUGAAACACCAUAUCUGAGUCCGGUGCCACCUUAUUCUAUCCCGAGGAAAGCAGUCGGCACAAGCGAUCUGGCAAACGCCGCAGAAUUGCCCUCCGAACCUGUAUCACCGGCCUCGUCUUUCACAUUCAGCAGCUUCGGUGGCAGCGACGUCAAAACUCGAGACGAUGCCCGAGUCGACGUCGAUUUCGAUUCAAAGCUAGUUCGCAGCCUGACCCGCCUCUACCGCGUGCCCUCUGAAAAGCAUGAUGAACCAAAGACGCCGUCACCAGAAUACUCUGAAGCGCAACCAAAGAUUCAAAAAUGGGCCACAAAGUUGAACAUUGUCAUUCAAGUUGUGGGGAGUCGAGGAGAUGUGCAGCCCUUCAUCGCUCUCGGUAAUGAACUUCAACGGCACGGCCACCGCGUCCGGCUAGCAACCCACAAUACGUUCGCCAACUUCGUACGAGACUCAGGCCUUGAAUUUUAUCCCAUUGGCGGCGACCCAGCUGAGUUGAUGGCCUAUAUGGUUAAGAACCCGGGCCUUAUUCCCAGCAUGAAAAGUCUCAAGGCUGGCGAAAUCCAGAAGAAGCGCACUAUGGUCCAAGAAAUGCUCGAGAAAUUUUGGCAUUCAUGCCUGAGACCUGAUCCCUCGACUGGUCAGCCGUUUGUAGCGAAUGCUAUCAUCGCCAAUCCCCCAAGCUUUGCGCACAUUCACUGUGCGCAGGCUCUCGGUAUACCGGUUCACUUGAUGUUUACGAUGCCUUGGAGCAGCACCAGGGCUUUCCCACAUCCUCUCGCUAAUCUGAAGAAUGCUGGCAGCGACCCUCGACUUGAGAACUACAUAUCCUACAGCGUGGUGGAAUGGUUAACCUGGCAAGGUCUGGGCGAUCUCAUCAACAAGUGGCGAAAGUCAAUAGAUCUGGAAGAGGUGGAUAUGUUUGAUGCUCCUAUGCUUGCACAAAACUUGAAAAUACCCUUUACAUAUUGCUGGUCACCGGCUCUUGUGCCCAAGCCGUCUGACUGGGCUUCACACAUCGACGUUUGUGGAUUCUUCUUUCGCGACGCUCCUCAAUACUCUCCACCAGAUGAUCUUGUCCGAUUUCUUGCGGCCGGGCCGCCGCCAGUCUAUAUUGGUUUCGGGAGCAUCGUGUUAGACAACCCAGAAGAAAUGAUCAGCGUUAUACUCGAAGCUGUCCGCGUUUCCAAUGCCCGCGCCAUCAUCUCCAAGGGCUGGUCUAACCUCGCAGGCUCAGAGAGUGAGGAUAUCUACUGGAUAGGAGACUGUCCCCACGAGUGGCUCUUCCAGCACGUUGCCGCGGUAGUUCACCAUGGAGGUGCGGGAACAACGGCCUGUGGACUGAGGAAUGGAAAGCCCACUACUAUUGUCCCGUUUUUCGGAGACCAACCUUUUUGGGGCCAGAUGGUGGCCAACGCAGGCGCAGGCCCCAACCCGAUACCACACGCAGAACUCACUGUGGAAACUCUUUCUGAAGCCAUUAUGUACUGUCUCUCGCCCGAGGCUGCAGCUGCAGCCGCGUCCAUCGCCGCCAAGAUGGCGUCCGAGAUGGGCGUCCGUACCGCUGUGCAGUCAUUUCACAGGAACUUGCCUCUAGAGAGUAUUCCGUGCGAUCUGAUUCCAAGUGAGCCGGCUGUGUGGUUGUAUAGCACUGCGAAACAUUCCAUCAAGCUUUCCAAUGUCGCUGCAGACAUUCUUCUGUCGAACAAGUCGAUCGAUUCCAAACACUUGAAACUCUAUCAGACGAACCCCAUUCUGAUUGAAACCACACGAUGGGACCCCAUCUCUGGGGGUGCCUCGGCGGUCAUGGGGACAGCAACUGGCAUGGCCGGCUCAAUCGCGGGCAUCGUCACCAAACCAGUCGAAGAGUACAGAGAUGAGCAGAGGCGACGCAGUCGUGACAAGAAAACGGCCGAGCCUAGAGUCCCAUCCAUCGGGGAUGAGAAAGCUGGUUCUUCAGAACGGGCAUCAGGCGACUCGACUCGGCCAGCUACUGAGCACUCAAGCUCUCUGGCUGGUAGAAUGGCAGGGGCGUCAGCAAGGAGCUUUGGAAGAGUCGGGUCCACUGCUCUGAAAGGCAUGGUGGUGGACAUUCCCAUGGCUCUUACUGAAGGUAUGAGAACCGUACCACACCUCUACGGCAGCGAUGUCCGUGACCACGGUCCUGUGACAGAUGCCAAGAGUGGAAUGGUCGUGGGGGGCAAGACAUUUGCCUGGGGCUUCAUCGACGGCCUCAGUGACGUCGUGAUGGAGCCAUACAGAGGUGCCAAGAAAGAGGGCGCUAUGGGAGCUGUCAAGGGCAUUGGAAAAGGUGCCAUGAAUCUGGUGACCAAGAGCGGCGCUGGCAUGUUUGGGGUGUUGGCUUAUCCCAGCGCCGGCAUCUCAAAGAGCUUGCGGACCGCGGUGCACAGUUCGACACGUAAAGCCAUAACCCAGGCGCUCCGUGAAGAGGGGAAAUGGAUGGCAAACAACCAUAGAAGAGAUGCAGUUGAUAAGUAUCAGGUUAUGUACUCAAUAUCACAUUAA